AUGGGGCGUGCACACGCUGCACCCCCAUUGGCAAAGCUCGUUCGAUGGCAUAAGCCGUCGACGAGGUCCAUGACCGGCGAGGCGUUCUACGAUGCCCGCCGGUCAGCCCCCGAAAAUCUAACGAAUCACAUCACUUACCAACGCGAUCCUCAUUCUACGGCCAAACGCCGUCAAGGGGAUCGUUUCAUCAACGGCGGGCGGGCCCAAUUACCCCAGCCCGCGCAUGACAAUUCAGGUGAGUAA